CGACACAAGAACUACGUCCGCACGGCCCGCUAUAACGCUUUGACCUUUCCCUUCGUGACGCUUUGGGAACAAUUCCACAACUUCGCGAACUGCUACUUUAUCGUCACCGCCGUUCUGCAGAUGAUCGAGCCGAUUUCCGAUUCGGACGGACAGCCAACCAUCCUCGUCGGCCUGAUGCCGGUCCUCGCGGCGGUUGCAGUUCGCGAGUGGUUGGAAGACCGAGCGCGGAAACGCAACGACUACCGCGAGAACCACCAGCUGGUGGAUCGGUACACCCAAGACGGCGACAUCGUCGAGACCGAGUGGCAGGACCUGUCGGUGGGCGACGUCAUCCGCGUGAAAAAGGGGCAGCAGUUUCCCGCGGAUUUGCUGCUCCUCGCAUCGUCCGACAAGGACCGCGAGCAGGUGUUUGUCGAAACGAAAAAUCUGGACGGGGAGACCAAUUUGAAAACGAAGGUGUGUCUCCCCCAGAUCUCCUCCAAAAAGUGCCUCAACGGGAAGGACGACGCGAAAUCGAUCGCGAAACUGCGGCUCCGAAUCAAAGUGGAGCCUCCCUGCACGGCGCUGUAUUCGCUGAACGGGCAGAUCUUUGUCCAAGACGAGGUCGUGCCGCUCUCCGCGGACCAGCUGCUGCUGAAAGGGUCGUCUUUGCAGUCUGACUACGCCAUCGGGUGCGUGAUCUACUGUGGACACUUCACCCGGCUGCUGUUCAACGCGUCGAACGUCUCCCAGUACAAGCUCGGCAUCAUCCAGCGGUGGUUCAACCGGCACGUGAUCCAGAUCUCCGUGAUGCAGGUGCUGUUCAGCAUUUUCGUGGCCAGCGCGGAAAUAACCGUGUCCGCGAGCUCCUGGCCGUGGUACGCGGACGAGGAUGUGGUGACCGAUUUUUUGACCGGCUUUGGCCGCUGGUGGGUGAUCUUCGGCCGGCAGACGUUGAUGCUGACCUUCUUUGUCCCCAUUUCCGUGAUCAUCACCGUGGAGAUCGUCCGCGUCGUGGUGGCCUGGUUCAUGGCCCGCGACGAGGAGCUGAUGGGGGACCAGGAAAAUCUGGAAGACGGGGCGAAGGCGCAGUCCACGUCGGUGCUGGAGGACCUGGGCUCGGUGUCGCACAUCUUCAGCGACAAGACAGGGACGCUGACGGAGAAUUUGAUGCUCUUUUCCUGCAUCGGCCUGCCCAACGACAUCCGGGACGGUGCGUGGUACAACAACCCGGCAAAUCACGUCGACGCCAAGGAGCGCGCGAGCAUUUCCGAGGGGGACAUCAAGCGCAUGCUGGGCGUGAACCAAUUCGAAGAGAAAGCGACGCAAGGGCAGCUACCACCUUACAUGGACACUUAUUUCCCGAUCAAACGCGUGGAGCGCCUCUUCAUGGGCGGCGACCAGGACCGCGAGGAAGUGCCACCGCAGUCGCCCGCCGCGAAAGCGAAAUUCGCGCUCGCCGCGCUGAAGAACAAGACGCAGGCGGCAGUGUUUGGCGGGGUAAGUGCCGCAACUGCCGUGACAAACGGAGAGGAAACCGCUGCUCGCGCAACCGGUCCUGUAUCGAGGGUCGAGGGCGAUAGAGGAGAAGAAGGCGCAGCGGAAGAACCCGAGAGGACGGGCUCUUUCUUCCGCCUCACCUCGGGAAGCCUUAUGUCUUGGAGUAGUAGCGACAAGAAGAGCGACGCUCUCGAAAAAGUGGAGACGAAAGCCGAGCUCUCGCCAGCAGCGGAUAGUGUGGAGGGAGUGGGCAAUCCCGGAGAAAACAGGGACUUCGAUGAUCAAGCCGUGCGGAUGGUACUUACAUCGGAACAGCGCAGCGGCCUUGCUUGAAAUUUCAUUUUUGUCUUUUCCAUCCUUGUUCUCGUGAGCCCUGAGCUGUUGACGUGGUUCGUAUCUCGAUGCUUUCUAUCUAUCAAAAUAACCACAAGUGUAAAUAAGUCCUUCGCUACCACGUCGAGCAGUUCUACAUCUACUACUUGUGGUUUUUAGUCCGCUAUUAAACAAACAUGACACCUAGAUGUUCUAUUACGUGUUGAACCUGGCCCUCUGCCACACGGUUAUUCUGCAGAAGCAGGACACGGGCGAGGAGAAGUUCGAGGCGUCUUCGCCCGACGAGCUGGCGCUGAUUGCCGCCGCCCAGGCCUUUGGCUUCCGGUUUUUGGGUCGGCCCAACGCGGACACGAUUCGGAUCGGAUUUUCCACCAAAUUUGCCCGGUGGCUGUGGCCCUACGAGUUCGACGAGGAGAAGCACCGCGAGCUGUUUCACGAGUCCCGCGAGGACUUGGACGAGAUCAUGAAGGAGUCCAGCAGCUCCUCUGACGGACCCAGCUAUUUCUUGGACUUUGAAGUGCUAGACGUGUUGGAGUUUGACAACGUGCGGAAGCGCAUGUCCGUCGUCAUCCGCAUGCCGGCUGAUCUCGUUCCAAAGGCGAACUUCUUGUUCGGCCCGACGGCCAAAAGCGCGACGCUAAACUCCAACCCGACGACGUCGACGUCGCAGCAGCACGGGGUCUUGACCAGGAGUAGCAGUAGAGGUGGGAUAAAAUCCACUAGCACGGUCAGUGCAGGUGGCGCGGCGACAGUGUCUGUCCCUGAUGGCCCCGAUGGAGGUGGAGCUGCAACUGGGACCACGACAACCCAACAUCAGGCACACGCGUUUGACCAGUUCCGCAACGAAAGAACGAUUUUGUUGACCAAGGGAGCAGACAACUCCAUGCUGUCUGUUGGUUCGUUGGAGCAGCCAUUCGACGAACGCCAGUGGUUGGACGACCACAUCUUGGACUUCGCGAAGAAGGGGCUGCGGACGCUGCUGCUCGGCUACCGCUGGCUCUCCACCACCAAGCAAGCCACCUGGUCGGAGAGGUACAGCCAGUUGCGGGGCAGUAUUGACCUGUCCGAAGACGAUAAGAAGCAGCAAACCCUGGAUAUGAUCAACGAGAUGGAACAAAACCUAAACCUAUCCACAGAAAAAAACCCAUCCACAUCCAAUUUGUCAUGCAAAACAUACAUAAAAUUCUGUGUCUGUCAUGCAAAAAAUGGAUGUGGAUCGGUUUUUUUCUGUGGAUAAAACCUCGUCGGCUGCACGGGCGUGGAGGACAAGCUGCAGGACCAAGUGCCGGAAACCAUCGCGCAGCUGCAGGCCGCCGGGAUCAAGUUCUGGGUGCUGACCGGAGACAAGGUCGAAACCGCGAUCCAGAUUGGCCAAGCGUGCAACCUGCUGAACGAAGGGACGUACAAUCUCGUUUUGACAACUCCCGACGCGAGCGACGUCGAGGAACGGCUGAAGGAGUUCCAAAUCUGGCUCGACGCUGCCGAAAUCUUGCAGUUCGCAAUUCAGCUAUCACCCUUAUUGACGUAGGGAUGAAAUCGGUUCUUCCUCUUUCUCUUGCAUUUUGAAAUGCAUCAAAACACUAUGGCUAUGCAUCUGCGUGCGCUGCUGAGGAGACAGCUGUCGUUCCACUUGCCAGAUGACGCGAUGGAACAAUAGCUACUUACUUCUAGUGCAAGAAUCCUGGCAUACGAAUCACAAGAGCAGGACAAAGAUAUGUAUGCGAGGAUAUUAGAUCGCAAUAUCAAUAUGUGAUGUGAAGAUGUGCGCGGCCUUCAACAUCGAUAUUGUUCUUAAAACACAGUAUGACGGUGAAGGUUCCGACUUCAUCAGAUUUUUGACGCGAUACUGUUCAGGCGAGGAAGACUUGGUUUGGUCCGACGACGAGAUCACCCAAUCCGAGGAAAGUGAAAGCCACUCGCAGUAUGAAAAUACAUACGGCCAGCAGAUGCCCUCGUUGGUCCUGAAUCAAGCCGACACGAACUCGCCAGCAACAUCUUCAGUCGCAAUCGGAGGCGCGACGUUCCAGCAACAGCCAGAGGUACCACUCCUCGGCCCAUCAGGAGAUGACAGCGGCUAUACAGCAGGACGCUCUUUCGCGCCUGGGUCGAUAGCGUCCACCUCUUCGACAGCAGUGGCGCAGCAGCGGGCGCGGCAAACCGGACUGGAAGGCGUGCAGGUCGGCGACGUGGUACUUGCCCCGUAUGAUCCGAGUGGACCACGGAACACUGCUGCGAGCUCCGGGCCCGGAGGUACAACCACGGGUGCUGCCACAGGCAGGAGGAAAAGCAGCGCUCACCACCACGAGCAUCACCACCAUCACCAUCACCACGCCACGACAAAACACAUGGUGCGUGCGGAGGACCUGUCGCGGGUGGUGCAGGCGCAAACGGUCGCAGUUGGCACCCAGCCGAGCAGCUCUUCGACCUCGCCACCUCCCGUAGCACACCAGCAUAGCUAUCAGCAUGAACUUCAAGUAGUGGAUCACCCGUUUCCCGCGGUGACGCCGCGCCGGGGCGUUGACCGAGGAACAUUUCAGUCCAGCACCAAUUCCAGCGCUGCAGUAGGCAACAUAGUGGUCCAAACGCCAACGCGAGCAGGUGGCCCUUCGUUGCCGCACGCCAACUCGCGCGACAAACUCAUCGCGCGACACAUCAGCCGAGCCAUUUCGGGUGACAGGCUGAUGCAAGACAUAGACAUGCCGCCCGGGGGGGAUCACUACAGUACGACGCGGGCGGAUCCACAAGCGCUUCCCUCGGUCCGCCUUGACUACGACGAGACCACGGCACCGUCGCAGACGCCCGGCCGGCCCACGCGGGCGAGCCACACGCUUCCCACGGAAUCGGCGUCCAGUCGGUGGUCCCGGACGCUGCGCGCGUUGCGUGGCAGUGCCUCUGGCGUGGAUGACACGCCACUGAACCAGAUGAAAAAGGAAGAAGGCCGCUUCUUUCUGUCGAAGCGAAAGAAGCAGAUGAUAAGGGAGGGUAUCCGGAAGCGCUACCAGCAGAUCCAGGACCGGCUGGUGACGUUCUCCAGUGCGGGUCUCGGCGUAACUGGUUCGUCGAACAAUCGCGACACCGCCGCAUCGUCGUCGUCAAGCCAGCAGCUUCAGCCAAGCAGGAUCUCCGCUCUUGGGCAGACGCCGCCAACUCCGGCGACAGGUUCGCGAACGACACUGCAACCGCCAGCACAGCUGCACCAGAGUGGAAUCAGCGCUUCGCAGCCGAUCUCCACGCUUCACAGCACGCCACCGCACGGCAGGAGUACAGGCUGCGCGGCAACUUCCAGGUCCGGACAAAAGCCACACCUUCAGCUUCGCGCCGCCGGGGACCAGACGAGUGUGAAUUUCGAAAUAGAUCCAGGUGACCUACCUCUAUCGCAAAACUACGGUGGACUUGAAACACCGACCGCGGCAAGCCGCCGAACGCAGGCUCGCCAGUCGUUCAAGCUGCCUACCUCUCCGUCACGGCCUGGCGACUUGAUGACGGGCCCGGGCGGUGCGCCGCCCUAUUCUAGCGCCAUGAUUCACCGCGUGAUCGACCCUAGUUCUGGCGAGAUAAUUGCGACCACCGCCCGUAGCCGCGAGGCUUCUCUCUUUGAUACGACGAGCCAAGCGGAACGAAUCACGCGCAGAAGGCAGAUGGAUCGUGGACGCAGCCGCACCUCGAUGCAAAAGAGCACCUCGGGAAGUCGUGUCUUUCAACAUCACACAAGCACUUUAAGCCGACAAACGCAACAAGACGACGGCGCUCCCGGGGGCCAGGUACUUUUACCAGAACAGCAAGAAGAAAACUUGCUCCAGGUCUUCAGAAGCUGCGCCAUCACUAUCACGGGCGACGUUCUGGCAGUUAUCCUGCAGUCCCGCAAGCUCCGGCGCUUCUUUUUCCGUAUUGCGCUGCAGAAUUGCAGCGUGAUCAUUGCUUGCCGCGUGUCACCCAUUCAAAAAGCGGACAUUGUCGCGUUGUCCCGCCGUUACCGCCAGUCCGACCACAACGCCAUGCUCGCGAUCGGCGACGGGGCGAACGACGUGGGCAUGAUCUUGCGCGCGCACGUCGGCGUCGGGAUCUCGGGGAAGGAGGGCGCCGCCGCCGCGAAGAGCGCAGACUUCGCGAUUUCCCAGUUUAAGCACCUGAAGAAACUGUGUUUCGUUUACGGCCGGGAAUCUAUGCGGCGUAAUGCGCUCUUCGUCUACUACUCGCUUUACAAAAACGUCGCGUUUUCCAUGCCGUCCGUGUUUUUCUCGAUGGUGAGCCGUUUCUCCGCGCUGGACCUGUAUGACCCAUGGGUGAAAUAUCCAGGAAAAAACACCCAUCCACAUCCAAUUUGUCAUGCAAAACAUACAUAAAGUUCUGUGUUUGUCAUGCAAAAAAUGGAUGUCGGUGGGUUUUUUUCUGUGGAUAUGAAACAGAUUUUCAACACAGUGUUCACCUUUCUGCCCAUCGUCCUGUACACCAUUUUUGACCGCGAACUGCCCUACUACUACCUCCUCAACGGGCCCCCGCUGUACCGGCCCCUCCGAUUCGGUGUCCCCUCCACCGGCACCGUGGCUUUCUGGUACUGGUUCUGGCAGGGCUGCUGGUGCGCGUUCAUCUGUGCGGUCUUGCCCAUGUGGCUCUUCGACGAGGCGCCGGAGCUCGCGGGAACGCCAGCGGGCUACCACGUCGGAACGUUGGUUUUCACGUCCGUGAUCUGCUCCGUCACUGCGAUCCUCCCCAUCCACCACAACAUCUACUUCUACUUCACGAUCCCCGGCCUCGCGAUGGGGCUGCUCACCUUCCUGUGGGUCUGGAUUCUCGUUUCCGAGACGCAGAUGAUCGGGUACCGAAGUACCAUGUACCGGACCUACUACCUGCUGACCUGGACCGUCGGAUCGCAGUUUUUCCUGAUUCUCAUCGUCACCACGCUCUUCGCGGUUCUGCCACACUACAUCUACUUGCUGCGGGGCGUGUUCUUCCCGGACGGAGUGCGAAUCGUGAAGGAGAGGAUAAAACUCCGGGUACACGACGUGCUCUUGCUCCCGGACGCCACGAACGCCAACACUGGGCCGGUGAUCGUGCCGCACAAGCGCCAGAUCCGCUUCGAAGAUUUGUACGAGCCGGAGGUGAAAAGCAGGCAGCUAGGGGCGGGUGCGCAACAGCCUUUGCUGACGGCGGAGACGAAGAAUGCAGUAUAGAUGUGUGCGUGAAGUAGUUGUUCCUGAAAUUAGAGAACCAAUUUCAAAGAUUAGUUUGUGGAGGCAAAAUAGAACAUCGACAGACGAACGCGCAUCAAUGAACGGGGACCCGACCAGUUUCUAUCUCAUUUCAAAACAGGACUCCGUCGCGGCCCCAGGUGGCGAUAAUCAGCCGCCGGGUGGUGCUAGUGGUGCUAUCAAUGGCGUACUCACGAGUUUCCUCCCGAAUAAGUGGCUCCGAAGUCAAAGUCAAGCAGGAGCAGAGGGACAGCAAAGCGAACCUGUAGUAGGCGCUGGUCGAGAUGAGGCGGUCGCCGAAUUUGACAGCGCUACAAGCUCCGGAGAGAGUCCUUUUGUAGCUGUCAGCUGAGGUUUGCGUUUUGGUCCUCGCCAGAGGAUUUUUUCCACCAUGUUGCUGUGAAAAGUGGCGCUUUUCGACGUGCUGUUUUGCAAGGUCGUAGUGAUACUGCGCAUGCAAGCAGAUAGCUUGCGGCGCAGCCUCCAACUCCAAGAACAUGGGUCUCGCAUAUUUUGGUUGCGCUUUCAACUUGCGAGGGAAAUGGAAUUCAACUUCUUCCGCUAAGAAGAUUGACUACGUUUGCAACUUCUCUGAAUUUGCUUGGUUCUGACACUGAAUACUUCCAUUGAUUAGAUAAGUUUGAUUUUGAUGGCUGACUGCGCGACUGGGAAGCUCUAUGAGCUACGAGGGCGCACCAGUCGCAGACACUUCAUCACCGUUUAGAUUCUACACUAAGUAUCACGACACCGAAAGGUGCAGGCACUUUAUUGAUUUUGGUAAGGCUCCUCCGCCGGAUACGCAAUGGCGCAUUGCUGAGUGAUUUCUCUACAUUUACCAGACUGGGAUUCUUGCUUUCAGCUUCGAACUGAAGGCGUCCAUUGGCGACCAUGAUUUCUUUCCGGAUCAUCUUCCAGUGUGGCAGCUGUCACGCGAUUGGAUGUUGGUCGAAGAUUAAGAUUCGACGGGUCGACGCAUAUAAAGCAGAAGAUAUGAAGAU